GGCCAACAUGGCGUUCUCCAUGAUUCGCGGCGCAUACAAGUCGUUGUACGUAAAAACGUGACUGAAUUCUACGAGUUGUGGAUAAUUUGAGUCGACGAAAAUGAUGCGGAAGAAGGGAAAAGUGAAGGCGGACGCUGGCAGCAAGCGUGGAGUUGUGCAGACUGUAAUAACCACGAAAACGAAGCCGCCGAAACGCGUGAAAGCUAAGGAGGCUGCCCAACCUUCUGCUAGCGAAGACGAAGAGUUCGCUGAUGCCGAGCCUACUGUGGACUUUUCUCAUCGAAGUGAUGCUGACGGGGCUGACAAUGAACUAAAUUCAGAAGCAAGCGAAGCUUCUGGUGACGAUGACUUCGAGUUGGAAGACAAACCUGAGGGCGAGAUUAGGAACGAUCUUGCCUCUAUGUCAUUUGAAGAGCUUCACGCGCUCAAAGAGAAGAUCGGCCUCAAAAUGUACAAAGAAGCCGUCUUUGGGGUGGACCGCAAGAAGUCCAAGAAAAAUUUCAAGCGAGACAACAAAAAUAGGCCGAGAGAACAGUCAGCAAAGCAUCAGGUCCCAGUGUACAGAGAAGUCUUCCAAGUCAAGAAGAAGGUUCAUCAAGAUCCGCGGUUCAGUUCUAGGGCCGGCGACUUCGACGAGCGAGUAUUUAGAGAAACUUAUUCCUUUGUGCAAGACAUCAAAGCCAAGGAGAGAGAAGAGCUGGCCGAAAUGAUCCGCAACGAGAAAGAUCCGAGCCGUCGAAAGACGCUCAGGGGCCUGCUCCAGAAAAUGCAAAACCAAGAGGCCAGUGAGAGAAUCAAGAGCAAGAAGGUGGAACUGGAGAAGCAGUACCACAAGUUCCUCGUGGGCCACAAGGGCGACAACAAGCCCUUGUACCUCAACAAGACCGAGAAGCGCAAGAUUGAGCUUGCCGAGAGGUUCAAGGAACUGAAGAAGGCUGGCAAGUUGGAGAAGUACUUGGAGAAAAAACGAAAGAAGAAUGUCAGAAAAGAGCGCAAACUUUUGCCGGCACUUGGUUGAGACUGACAGCAAUAAAAUGUACAUUAUGUUGAA